UAAAUCAUCAACAACACCAAACUCAACAUGGAAAUCCAUAUUGUUUUUUAUCGUCAUGUAUCUAGCAGUGGCGGAUGCAGUCAUCACAAAAAUACCCUACAAAAAUACAAUUUUGUCUGAAGAUAAAUCCCUAAAGAAACCGCUGGGUCUAAAUGAAAAAUCCACAGCUAACCCUUUAUCCACAGAGGACACAAAUGACAGUACCACCGAAUUAGCUUCCGAAGAGAGUUUUGAAUCCUCUACAGAUUCAAAGCUGUCUCUAACCACGGCCGAAGAGGAAAGAAUUCUAAAAUCUACAACUUUACCCACAAAAAUGUCGGUAAAAUUACCAAAGAAAUCUCGCUUAAGCAGUAAUCGUUUGACAAAUUCAACCGAACUUGUUCCAUGCACCUGUGGUAUUUUUCUAAAUUCCCAGUUUACCAAAGGCUCCACAGAUCCUCCGCGUGGCGAAGCAGUUAUAUCGAACUUAUUGGAUCGUACAUUUCCCUGUAAUGGAAUCGGACAGAGGCAGUGUCAAACUAAAUGUCUGGAACAGAUUGCCCGCCACCUGCCGAAUUCGGCCAAUAUCCUUUGUGCUGCCUUAGAUCAUGAUAUACACAAACAGCGCGCAUAUUUAUUCACCAAAAACUGUCAAGAUGUUUGGGUCAACACCAAUUUAGCUGCGGGACGAGAAUAUUGUUGUAAAAAUCGUGAACCUUAUAGUUGUAAAAAAUAGCACUGAUUAUUUGCACACAAUUAAAAAGCUAAGAAUCAAAUAUAAAA